UUCCCAACGAAAAAGAACAAAAGGCCCCCAAGGUUCAAGUCCAGGAGCAUACUGUUGGGGAGCUCCAAAUGCUUGGCCUAAGGCUAAAACCCACCCACCUUUACAAACGCCUUCCCUCCUCUCUUGUAUUCUCCACAACUUCAACUUCCAACUAUCUUAACUGUCGCCUCAACUUCUUCCUCUCCCAACAAACCUCAACCCUCCGAUUUCUCCUUCAAGCCCAUAAUCUCGUCAUAACAAGUGGCAACUCAAACAACCUCUUUAUAGCAUCGAAGCUCAUCUCCCUCUAUGCCUCUCUCAACGAACCCAUUUCCUCCACCAAAGUGUUUGAUUCGUUGUGUUCAAAAGAUACGUUUCUUUGGAACUCCGUGAUCAAAUCCCAGUUCUCGAAUGGAAAUUACUCGCAAGCACUUGAUUUUUAUCUCCAAAUGCGAGUAUCUGAUACCCCACUCGACCAAUUCACCAUUCCGAUGGUUGUUUCUACGUGCGCCGAGUUGAUGUUGCUAUAUCAUGGCAAGAACAUUCAUGGAUUGGCUUUGAAAUUGGGGCUCUUCACGAGGAAUUCUGCUGUUGGAUCUUCAUUUGUGUACAUGUAUUCGAAGUGUGCUCGAAUGGAGGAUGCCUGGUCCAUGUUUGAUGAAAUUUGUGUUAGGGAUGUGGUUGGUUGGACCGCACUUGUGAUUGGGUAUGUGCAGAAUGGUGAGAGUGAGAAGGGUUUGGAGUGUCUUUGUGAGAUGCACAGGAUUGGUGGAGAUGGUGAGGGGCCGACUUUUAGAACAUUGGAAGGCGGGUUUCAAGCUUGUAGGAAACUGGAUGCUAUUGUGGAAGGAAGAUGCUUACACAGUUUAGCGGUAAAAACCGGAAUUGGGUGCUCACAGGUUGUUCGAUCUUCACUUUUAUCAAUGUAUUCAAACUGUGGGAACCCUGAAGAAGCUUACCUUUCCUUUUGUGAAGAAAUGGAUAAAGAUCUUCUCUCAUGGACAUUAAUCAUUGGUAUUUAUUCGAGAUUUGGACUAAUGACUGAGUGCCUAAGUUUGUUUCUGAAAAUGCAGGAGAAUGAUAUAUGCCCUGAUGGAAUUCUGAUUAGUUCUGUGCUUUUGGGGUUCAGUAAUUCCACGAAUGUCUUUGAAGGAAAAGCCUUUCAUGGAUUAAUCAUAAGACAGCAUUAUGGGUUGGAUGAAAAGGUUCAUAAUGCAUUACUGUCCAUGUACUGCAAGUGGGGACAAUUCACUCUUGCAAAGAAGCUCUUUGGUAGGGUACCUGAGCCUAAUAGAGACUGUUGGAACACUAUGAUUUUUCACUAUGGCAAGAUGGGGCUGGAAGCAAGAUGUACAGAAUUGUUUAAAGAGAUGCAAUAUCAUGGCAUUCAACCUGAUUCAAACAGCUUUGUCUCUGUAGUUUCUUCGUGUUCCAAUACAGGAGCAACAUAUCUUGGUCUUUCACUUCAUUGCUAUAUAAUUAAAUGUUCACUGGAUGAAAAUAGAUUGGUCACCAAUUCACUCAUAGACAUGUAUGGUAGAAGUGGCAAUCUAAACAUAGCCUGGAAAAUAUUUUGUCGGACACAGAGGGAUAUCAUCACAUGGAACACUUUGAUCUCAUCUUACGCUCAUAGUGGUCAUUAUGCUGAGGCUGUAGCCUUAUUUGAUAAAAUGACUUCAGAGAAUGUGAAGCCUGACUCGGCAACAUUGGUAACAAUUAUUUUGAGUUGUUCUCAUCUUGCAUCUCUGGAGAAAGGAGAAAGUAUUCACCGUUACAUUGAAGAAAGAGAGAUUGAGUUUAAUAUAUGCCUUGCCACUACAUUGGUUGAUAUGUAUGUGAAAUGCGGGCAGCUUGAAAAAGCAAGAAAGUUGUUCAAUUCAAUGAAAGAGAGGGAUGUUAUAUCUUGGAAUGUGAUGAUCUCAGGUUACGGAAUGCACGGAUAUGCAAAAUAUGCCAUUGAUAUAUUUCAAGAGAUGGAGAAUUCAAAUGUUAAACCAAAUGGACUCACCUUCCUUGCCCUUCUCUCAGCUUGUGUUCAUGGAGGGCUUGUUGAAGAAGGGAAGUGUCUGUUUGAUAGGAUGCAAGACUAUUCCAUAAAAGCCAGCAUGAAGCAUUAUGCAUGUAUGGUAGAUCUCCUAGGCAGGUCAGGUAAUCUACGAGAAGCUGAAACUUUGGUUCUUUCAAUGCCGUUUUCUCCGGAUGGUGAGGUUUGGGGGACUUUGUUAAGUUCUUGUAAAACUCACAAUGAAAUUGAGAUAGGAAUAAGGAUAGCCAAGCAUGCCAUUGAGACUGACCCAACAAAUGAUGGGUACUAUAUAAUGAUGUCUAACUUGUAUAGUUCUGUUGGGAGGUGGGAGGAGGCAGAAAGGGUGAGAGAAAUGAUGAAUGAAAGGAAUGUGUUGAAGAAAGCUGGUUGGAGUACACUCUAAGUGAGAUGUAUUUCCUUUGAUUCUUUGUUGGGAAAUGUUUCUCUAACCCUGAGAGUUGAUAAUUAUAUAAGGAGCUUCAAGAUCCACCUGAAUUUUGAUAGCUAGGAGGAACAGAUAUUGAAUAAGCCACACGGGCCCUGAAUUUUUUUUCCUUCCAAAUAUGACUGGUACUGAUGUUGCACUACUGUGGCUCACAGAUUUUCAUUCUGCAACGGCAGGUGUGGAGGUUUUUGGGAAUGUGGAAAGUCAGAGGAAGCAUCUCUUGGAACAGCUGCAGAUUUUGGAGGAUAGAGAGUUGUUGGGGGAAACGUUAGGUGAGGAUAAGGAG